AAAGUUCCAGCGAAUUCGCCUUUGACUUUAAUAAGAGAUGCGUAGUGAAGUACCGUUAAAUUUUCACAACAGGCGUUGCGUAUGGUCUUACAUGUCCCUGGAAUAUCUGAAGAACCUGUAUUCGUAAAAAAUAAUAAAAAAUAGUCCGAAAAAGGGAUAUUUCCAGCCAGCUGCAUACAAACCAAGGCAUACUCGUUUAUUUGAGUAUUCUAGAAGCAUCAAUAACGUUUUAAUUUUCUUGCAGCUGCUGUACUGUGGGGACAGAGGCCAUGAUCAUGCUGACCCCUUCCUUUGAGAGAAGAGCCAAACAUGUUUGCUUUCUGAGGGAGCACUCGCCUACCACUGCAGAGACUCGGGUCCAGUCCCCGGCAGCGGUACUUCUGGCUUGGUCAGACAUUCCUACGAACAAAAUUGGCAGUGUUUGAGGGUGGGAAGCCGGUGAGGGUAUGAGUCCUGAUUGUUGCAUUUGCGACUCCUACUGGUUGGUCGGGGCGCCUGUUCAGUGGGGAGGGAAUCUGGGGGAGAUAGCGUGAACCACUUUAUGCAAGAUAUUUUGUAUAUCGACUCCACAUGUAUCGGAGGAGGCAUGUGGUAGUUUACACCCUCCCCAGACCGACAGAGGAUAGCGCAUCAACCAGGACUGUGUGAUACACACGGGGAAUUGGUAUAACUACUAAAUUGGGGAGAAAAUGGCAAGAAAAAAAGAAAUAUAUUAGUGUCAUAUUUAAACUUAAUAUCUUAUUUCUAUUCCUUUUUUUGUUUAAUAAAACAAAAAAUAUGUGGCAAUCAGAUGUGCCAAUCAAGUUUUGUGCCAGUGCAAACAGUAACUCAAAAGCUAAUAUUUUCUAAGAAAUAUAUAUAUGUAUAUAUAUAUAUAUUUUUAAAAAAAAUAUUUUUUUAAUUAAAAAUGUUUAGAAUUAAAAGAUUGUAUGUCAUAUUACAUUAUACUAUUACCAUUAGUAAAUCAUUGGUAAAAGAGGAAUUCCACAUUCCAAAUAGGAUAACUAUCUUUUUUUCUUCAUAAUACUGAACUAAAUGAAUGUAACACAAGUGGUCCACUUUAGUUCAGUGCCUGACGCAUACUGAAUGUAGUCCAGGUGGGCGGAAUUUCCUGUUACUGACAUGUUACUGCACCUCUCCGCAGUGUCCUAUCUGACAGCUUGGCCAGUGGACAAAGGGAAACAUAAAAUGUAACCUGAAGGCACAUGGCUGCCCAGAACAACAAGGGAUAGGGAAUUUGGCAGCAAAAAGUAUAUCAGUGUAGAAAGCUGUUAUCUUUUCAUAUUAAUUUCUCUUUUUUUACUGUUAGCCGUAAAGUUUUGCCUGCCCCAGGACUGUAGAUGAGCUAAACAUUUAACUCUGGUACCCUGUCAAAUAAACAGAUAGAAUAAAUAUAAUUUAACAUUCAACCUACCAUGAUGUGUAAGAGCUGUUGAAUUGUUGCAGUUGACAUAGAUUUGGUAUCUUCUGCCUGGAGGGGCUGUGCUUAGUUUGUCCUAGCUCACAAUAUGGCUUAAAUCCACUAGCCUAGAAUAACAGGCUAACCGCUUUAGCGGAGUGAAUGAUGGCUGUAGAUCCCUAGCUGUCAGUGCAUUUUGUUCCUCUUCUAAAUCUGUUACCAGGAAACAAGGCGGUGUGAAAACACUACUUGGCUUCCGAGGCCCUAGUCUCAUUUGGUGUUGUUUUGGAAAGAGGCAAGCUUAAAUAGAACCUAUUAUACUCUGUUUGGCUCAGACUAUAUAGCCUUGUAUUAAUUGCAUAUCACCUACAGCAUUGCCCAAGUGGCUUUCUUAGCAGAUAGGAGUCUUCAAUAUGAUGCACUACAUGGCCAAAGGUAUGUGGACACCUGACAUCCAACAUCUCAUCCAAAAUUAUGGGCAUUAAUAUGGAGUUAGUCCACCCUUUGCUGCUAUAACAACCUCCACUCUUCUGGGAAGGCUUUUUGCUACAUAUUGGAGGAUUGCUGCAGGGAUUUAUUUCCAUUCAGGGAGAGGAACAUUUGUGAGGUUGGGCACUGAUUGGGUGAUUAGGCGUAGCUUCCAGUUGGCUUUCCAAUUGAUCCCAAAGGUGUUGGAUUGGGUUGAGGUUAGGGCUUUGUGCAGUCCAGUGAAGUUCUUCCACACUGUUUUUGAAAACAACAUUUCUGUAUGGACCACGUUGUGUGUCUGGGGGCAUUGUCAGACUGAAACAAGAAAGGGCCUUCCCCAAGCUGUUGGGGAAACACAGAAUCUUCUAGAAUGUGAUUGGAUGCUGUAUCAUUAAGAUUUGCCUUCACUGGAACUAAGGGGUCUAGCCCAAACCAGGAAAAACUGCCCCAGAGCCCCAAGGGGUGAUCAGAUACUUUUGGUCACAUAGUAUAUAUAUCAAACAUAAAUAAGCAUCACAACUGAUCACAUAUUAUUAAAACUAAAAUGAAGAAACUGCAUGCUAUGAGUACACCUUGCAUCAAAUGUUUUGGAAAUAAGGAAAAUACUUAUAAAGUACAAUAGAAAAAUCAAUACUCCUCCCACAGUAAAGGACUGGUUCAAAUCCAGUUCCUUUCAUUAAGAUGGGUUUCUACAUAACCAUAACGUAGAGUAAUUUGCAGGUUAGCUGUACAGGGAGUUUCAUAUACAUUUUCUCACCUCUGUUUGAAAGUUGUUCUUCCUUCUGGGGAGUUUUUUUUGCCUCACUUGCUGGUUUUUGGGGGUUCAUGCUCAGUCUCUUCCAGUUGUCCUAUUUCCUGUUUUCCUGUAAAGCGUCUUUAUGACAGUGUCCCCGUAAAAAGCAAUAUACAUAUAAAAUGGAAUUAAAUAUGUACACAUUGGCCUUCCUCUUAAACAUCUGCACUUAAAAUUAAAGAAUGAUUGCAACAAUUGUUUUCCAACUCAUAUAACUUAAAAUAAAAGGAGUGUUUUAAAUAUUUCUAAUGUAUUUCUUUCACAAAAAUGUUGAGAGCUCACUCUGCAGAGAAUAUUUGUUGUUUAGGUGAAUUUAACCCCUUCUCCUAUAAGGUGGCUGGCCUAGAGUUCACUCACGGUACAACAUCACAGUAUAGGACCGUUGCAGAUAUGCAUAACAAUGUUGGACUGAAAUUUGACUGCUGUGGUGUUGUGUUGUAUCUCACUCAGUGUUUCUUUUCAGAUGACGAGACUCUUGAACUCGACGGGCUUUGGAAUCACAUGAAGUUCAGGGUGCAAAACAGAAUAGUAGGAACCCCAAAAUUUACCCUUUUUAAUGCAUAGAUGCUAGGAACCUAGGUCUAAGGGAUUGUUUUGAAACAAAUAAAAGCAUUCUAUCUGACCUAGGAUUCUGUGAAUGCAUUAAUUUGGACAUGGGCCAUAUUUUUCCGGUAUGAAUGCAGCAUGAAUAUCGAUGUGUUCUGUUGUUCAUGGCACUCCUAUCUGGUCCUUAGUUGUUCACUUUAGCAUGAUCCUCUUGACCUUUUAUUGGCCCUCGCUGACACACAUGGACAGCUUUCCAAAUCACACACACUACACAGCAAACUAUCCAGUGUUAAAUCAACUCUUACAGAGUACAUAGGAUCCCGCCGUGGUCCUACUCUGUACUCUGUCGGAGUUAAAUUAACACUGAACAUUUUACUGUCUACUCCCCAAGUGCACUAAUAAUAAUAAUAAUAAUAAUAAUAAUAAUUAUAAUAAAGUUUUUAGUUACUUUUGAUAGACAUUAUUUUGCAUCCAGUUGUGUCUGUUUUCCUCUACUUACAUUGUCAGGUAGUACCUGUAGAGAAAUACAGCUUGGAUGGACAAUCACAGUGCAGGUACAGGCCUGUCUUGACAUGUACACAACGAUGCUCAGAGAGACAGCACCCGCUGAGCAGGAACGAAAUCAAUAUGAGGCGGUCUCUGGACGACAGCGUCUGUGAGGAGUGUGGCCCCAAGGAUGAGGAGGUUGUUAUGAGCAAGUUUCUGACAAAUUAACGAAAUGAAGGAAGAACAAUGGUACAGUAAUUUUGCGUUUGCUUUGUUCCUUGGUACGUUGACAAGUACAUUUAUUCAUGAACAAUGCUGGAAAUCACUUGCUGUUCGUAGUGUUUCCGUUUUUAUGAAUGCAAGAUGAGCACUUUCUGCUGGUGGCUGUAAAAUACAGACAGGUUAUUAUUGUGCUGUGUCACAGAGAAAGACCUGGAAAUGAAGAGUGAGAUCCUGGUUACAGCUUAUUUGAUUAUUGGUUAUAAAUGACUUAUAGCUUAAAACGUGAGGAUCUGUUUUGCAUAUACAAUCAGUGGCCAUUUUAUUAGGUACAACUAUCUAGUACUGGGUAGCACCCCCAUUUACCUCCUUAAUAGCCUGAAUUAUUUGCGGCUGUGCCAGCUGGUGGAGAGAGCACACGCACGUGUGUUGCAUUAACUAAUCAGUCCAGGUGCUUAUAGGUGUGCUGCUCUCCACAGUUCGGGGCCAAAACCGGGAGCUAACACUGGGAGCGAGUUUCUUUAUUUUGAGGUAAGUUUAAUUUCAGUUUUGUUUCUUUUAAUGACAGGGCAAAAGUGAACCCCCACUGAAAAGUCGGAGGAGCUGGUCUGGUGAUUGGCUACUGUAAUUUCUGCAAAAAAUUUUUCCACAUUGGUUUGCAUAGUUUGCAUGUGUGUUGUUAUUUUUGACUUAGAUGAUUCCCCCCCCCAAUUCCUACAUACUGUUCAUUAGAGUUCGACAGACAUUUUAAUGGACUGGAUCUUACUGGGCCCUUGUAAAUGCUUCCCAGUGAUGUAAUUACUUGAGACAGCAGCUCUAAAUCAGGCAGCAAAUCUCCAUCCUCUGCUUGUAAAGAUAUUGGCCUUUCCAAACAAGUGGCUGGCUGUCCUGAACAGUGGGGCCACUGUUGCUGUUGGGUUUGCGUGGCUACCUCACCAUGCCCAGCAGCAAUGUGAAGAUACCUGUCAGGUGACUUGAGAGCAGACAUCCACCACCGAACUUAAUGUUUGGUCCAGACCUCCAGGGUAGCCCCCGCUGGCAUUUCUGUCUGCAUCGCUUCUUCACUCCAAUAAGUUAAAAUGCCCCCUCCUUUUAAAAAGGCCACUGUGAAAUCUCGGCUUACUCUUCCAACUUACUCAAACAAAAGUGCUUGUUUACUUCAUUCAAAUACCUCGCGGAACUUCGAGGACAAGAACAGUGUGACAGAUUUGGUCAUGGACAGGGUUUGUAAACAGUGUGUGUGUGUGUGUAUGUGUGUGUGUGUGUGUUGACAAAGGGUGCUGAAAUGCUAGUGCUUUUAAAGAACGACACUUUGAUGUGAUAAUGCGGCACUCAAUUACUGUGAACGUUAGAAAAUGUUUUAAAAGUAGACAUAAUUCUACUCAACCCAAAUUAGUAAAUUAGUCAAAGUAUGAAUACACAAAUCAUGAUAUAGAAUGCUAAUAUUUUACAUGGUACAUUUCAAUUCAAAUCUAUGUACGGACUGGGGUUUACAUCACCUUAAUGGCAGCAGCGUAAUGUGCAGGGUUGGUGGGCAGUGUGCUCUACUCCUAAAAUAGCUCAGUCACUGCCCGAGACUUGCUCUAAUCUCACAUUACUGAAGCCCUAACACACUGCCCCUUUAGCCAGAGCUAAUAAUCUGGCACAUAGCCAACUCACUCUCCAGGGGCCAAAUGAGGUACCAGACUUUUGCCACAAGAAAUUAUGGGAUUGAGAGCUAGAAAUUUUGUUUUCAAAAUCUGCGAUUCAAAAAAAAUAAAAAAUAAAAAAACACUACGUCCAAAUCUUCAGCCUCAUUGUUCAAAUACCAUUUAUCAACUUGUUUCGUCAUUUAUCAAAAUGUUUUGUCAGCUUUAGAUUUUGCCUACGUUGUGUUGUGAUACAUGGGUAGGACCAGUAACAUAAGGCACUGCUAGUGUGAGGUUAAGGUUAAGGUUUAAUUUAUUUCCUCCCAAGGGAGAAAAUUGUCUUGGAUCAGAGAGAUACUGCAUAAAACAAAACAAGACAUCUCACAUUUCACAUUCACAGUUCAUACAUUUCAAAAACAUAUACACAAAAUAUAAACAUACAAAUAUCAAAAAUAUAAUCAAAAUAUCUCUCAGCAUUACAGGUUGAAGCUGAGAAAGGGCUUCUGCUUUAAAAAUGAAUUACAUAAUCAUGCUGUUAAACAGUGCGUGAGGCUUUUUGUCUAAGCACUCUAUUUAUGAAAGCUUAAGUUUUCAGUUUAAUGGCUGAAGAGGGCAUGACAAUGAGCUAAAAUCCUAGUGCAACUCCAAUAGCUUGGCUGUGUGGGUAAUGUCUUUUCUUCCAAGCAUUUUUUUUUGUACUUCCUUUAAUUUUUGGUUGUUGGCCACAAUAUUCCUGCCAGGAGUUUUCCAGUGCGCCGAGGAGCUCUUCCUUAGAGAGCAAGCCUGCCGAAUCCAGCUCAAGGAGUUUGCCCGCAAAAACGCUGCCAAUGCCUUGUCCAUGGCCAACAUGGUCAUGGGUAUGAUAUCCAUUCUGUGCAGCCUGGAAGGGCACUGGUAUGCUGCAUGCUGGUUGGUUCUGAUAGGCUACCUGCUGGAUUUGGCAGACGGAGCAGUUGCUAGGCAACUGGAUGCGUGCUCAGCACUGGGUGCCAAGCUGGAUGACUUUGCUGAUUUCACGACGUUCGGGAUUGCCACGGCGUUGCUCUUGAGGACUGGCAGCUUAAUGGACAACGUCCUCUGCAUGUGCUACGUCUUGUCUGUCUUCACACGCCUCUGCUUCUUUUCCAGCGGGAUCCCCUUCAUGUACCAGGGCCUCCCCUGCCCCUACGCAUCCGCCAUCCUGGCCUGUACCUCCCUGCUGUCCGGGGGCAACAUGCUGGUGCUGCGGGUCACCGCUGUGGCCAUGAUCUUCUUCAUGGUGAACCAGGGCUUCUACCCCCACGACCGGGUGCUGGAGUCCCAGGCCUGGAAGAAGGCUGUGUAUGCUGGAGGAGUUGCCAUGGUGUUCUGUUCCUCCUUUCCUCCCGCGUGCAUUUACUACCUGCUGUGGUCGGUGUCCUACAUUUUGUUCCCAACAACAUUGUGGAGCUGCAAAAUGUAACAAUGGACGGAGUGUAGCACAGUGGGUAAGGAACUGGGCUCGUAACCGAAAGGUCGCAGGUUCGAUUCCCGGGUAAGGACACUGCCGUUGUACCCUUGAGCAAGGUACUUAACUGGAAUUGCUUCAGUAUAUAUCCAGUUGUAUAAAUGGAUACAAUGUAAAAUGCUAUGUAAAAAAUUGUGUAAGUCGCUCUGGAUAAGAGCAUCUGCUAAAUGCCUGUAAUGUAAUGUAAUGUAACAAAAGGCCGGAGGCCUAGUCUCAGACUCUCUCAGCAGGCGCAUGGAAGGCUGGCCUGAGUUUACUAAACAAGCCUCCGACGUGCUGCCUCCUGUUUCCGUGGAGAGUGGAAACACAAACACCAUGGAGACUACCUUUUCUCUCGCGUAAUGCUUUGAAACGAUUAACUCCUCUGAUUCCUGACCUAUGAAAUUGAAAGCAUCGCCUGGAGGAUUCCUCUUUCUGGUGGGGGUGCAUUUAAUUGUUGAAAUUUGGAUUGGAAUUUUACCAAAUUGUUAUUAGUUUUUUUUCUUCUGUUUGUUGUUCCUUAAAAUGAAACAUUGAUUCGAUGGCAAGUCUUCCAAAAACUAGAAAGAAUUACUUCAUUUUCUUGUGAUGUUUUACUGUGGGUCACAGAAAGAGGCCAUGAAUAUUGUGUACGUGCUGUCUGUUAUCCUCCCUUUAGUACACAUCUGAAUGCGAAAAGUUCAAGGGAAAUACUACGUAUACCUCUGUGAUUCACAUAGCUAUAAAUAUCAGGAAACUAGCAAGCAAACCGCAGUUUUACCUUUUGCACAAGGUUCUUUCUCGUUUCCAUGUGUCACAGUCAGUUGUGAAUCCCAGAAUUGUACAUGUUUAGCUAAUUAGAACCCAGCAUUUCAAGGUUUCAUAAAAUCUCACUAAUGAAAAUGCAGCUACAGAUAAAUCACUCUGCUAUGGCAAUUACCUUGCUCAAGGAUGUAUCUGUCACAAGGUUUUUAAUUUUAAUAACACAGUUUUAAUACAGUGAUCAUACAGUAUACUGGUUGAGUUAUAGUGCAUGUCUUAUUUGUAUUUUCAGCACAUUUUUGUUUUUGGUAUUGACUGGUAAACAUCUCAUGAAUUGCAGAUGACAAAAUUGCAAUUCCCAUGGUUAAUGCAGAAGUUUCAGUAGACACAGUCCCUUAUUUUAGGAAGUUUGAAUGUAUUUUCUCUGAUGUCAAAUUCUGCGCAGGGUGUGCAUCGCCCAUCAGCUUCAAGGAAUGUUUGUGUUUCUAGUCUUUUAAAGAGAAAAAAUGGGGGACUGUCCAGAAUCCUUUAGUGGACUUAUCGCUGUUAAAAUAAAACAAUGUUUGUAAGUGUAACCAAAUGUUUUCACUAGGUUUUGCGUAUUAAUGUUGGUUCCACUUUAUGCAAGAUUCUUUGCAGUUGGAAAUAUAGUCACUAAAGACAGACAAGGAUUUCCUGAAAAUCUAAAUGGUUGUUCAGUUGAAUAAUAAUGGCAACUACUUCAGAUACAGAAAAUCAGUCUCUGUAUAAUGAAUACCUUUGACUGUCUGAUGGAAGUUUGGAAUGCCCAGCAAAUCAGUUAAUAAAAAACAGAUCUCUCCCUCAGAGGCACAGUUUGGAGGACAAUCAAUUUUUGUGAAUUUUCAAAUUUGUGAGUUCAAUGACAUUUAGAGUUUGAAGACAUUCUGUUUCUUUGAGAUACUAUGAAGUGAGUUAAACUGGCCAUAUUGCAUGAAUACAUUACAAAUCAAACAUAUUAUUUGAAAUAAGACACAUAUGGUGUGAAUGGACUAUCCAGACAAUAAUUAAACAAUGAACAGUGAAAUUUCACCAGUGUCUGUGUAAUGAUUACUGAGGGAUGCUCACACUGGAGCCAAGUUUUUUAAUCAGACCAAGGUGUGACCUUUCACAUCUGAUUUUCUCUGUUCUAACUGGCUAGUUUUGGAGAACAGUGCUCUCCAAGGCAGUCGGCCAAAGGAUUCAAAGAGCACAAUCACCUUUCCCUUUAUUUGUUGGACAGAGGAUUGUUGGUAUCCGGCCCCUUGGGAAAGGGAAGCCGUGGCAUUCAGUGACAUUUUACUUUCUGUACUGAAGUCAUUUUGAAAAUGUAAGCGGGGACAUCAGAUAUUCAGUUUACUUCAAAUGACCUAGUUUUUAUUUAAUGUUUAGUUCAUGCAUGUGACCUGAUGCAAUGUUAUUGUGAUGUUAUGCUACAAUGGCUGCUAUAAGAUUUCACAGCACUUGUUUAACGAAAUGCUCGGUUAAUAUACUAUCUGUGAUUAACAUUAUCGCCCCAAGUGUUUCCAUUGGCGCGACCAAACAAAUUUUAGUGAAGAGUUGGGACAGCUAGCCACUGUUUCAAGGGGUGCGUUUUUUUGUGGCUCGUGGCAUUCUUUUUUUUUACAGCUGAAUUUGCAGCGUUUUUGGCAACAGUUAAUUUUACCACAAAGAUAUGUGUUUUAGGACCUUUGUCAGAUCUUUUCAUUUAAUAAUUUGCUGAUUGCUGAUUUUUUUAUUUUAUUUUAUUUCUUGAAUCAGUUGAAAUACUUGUGGGUAUAUUCAAGAAUGGGCUGUGCUUUUCUAAGAGUGUACAUUGAAAGUCGGGGUAAAGGAACAACAUACUUUAUUAAAAUACAACCUGCAGUGUUUUAACUCUU